AUGUCGACGCCUUAUGCCCAUGGAAAACUUAUGUACGCAGUUAAAGCUGGUAUCCUGGUAGGUACUGCUUAUUUCACGUACGCGCAAGGAGUGUGGGGUGACCAAAAUGACGUCACGGAGUGCAUACGUCGUUGGCAGGAGUACAUACGCAGCAUUAACACUAGGAAACCACCUAUAUUUGAUCAGUGUGGUAACGUUAUUAAAAAAGAAAACAAUGAAAGUCUUCUGGCACCCGUGUAUUCAAUAUACAAGAGUUGUGUAACCACGUGUUUUUCAGGUGUCGCGAAAAUGCCAUUAGUAAUUAAAUGUGCAUACAUUGACUACCUCAAGGCACUCGAAAGAAAGCGAGCCGAGGAAGAAAAGGAAAGGAAACUGAAAAAGGAGAGAGGA